CUUCCAAUGAAACGUCUGGCUUGCGAGACUAGUAUUGGACAUCAAAGAGAGUCAUGCCAGUGGUGAUAAAGUUCUGUACCAGCGUGCCUGGAGGCGACCCUGAGAGCAGGCCAUGCACCAUUGUAGGGAAGAGGCCUAACCUGAACAAAGUACCCUUCACUGAUGUUGAACCAUUCUUUGGAAACAGAGUAUCCGAUAAAGCAUGGAAGGCAGCUGUAUCCAGCCUCAGUACUACUAACAUCAGCUCAUGUGGUCUCUGGCUCAACAAGGCCACUGUGGGGGGUAUACCCACUGAAGUAAGUCGUCACAAUACCCCCUCCCGAGCCCACGCCCUCACCAAGGUGGUCCGGACCGAGGCUAAGAGCGGAGAGAACGUAGCCAUCAUUGUUGUGUGUGAGCGUGCUGAGAUGCUUGCCUCAGGCUGUGCUGUGGUGAGGGGUUUCCCCACUUACACCAUGAAGACCAACGCCACUAAAACCACACAGACUGUGAGUGUGGGGUUCAUUCUUGUGGGGGAGGGGAAUUCCCCUGUUACCGAGGACGAUGUCAAGUGUUUGGAUGCGUUGGCGACGGGUGUACGACUGGCACAGGAUAUUGUGGACAGACCUUGCAACUACAUGCACACUGACAACUUCCUGGAUGUGAUUCGUGAGGUGGGUAAGAGUGUUGGUAUAGAGCCGAUGAUCAUCCAAGGAGAGGAGUUGGACAAGCAAGGAUUUGGAGGCAUCUAUGGUGUUGGUAAGGCAGCCGUACACAAGCCAGCUCUGGCCGUGCUAAGCCACACCCCUCCUGGUGCCAUAGAAACCAUCUGCUGGGCAGGCAAAGGCAUUGUGUACGACACUGGUGGUCUCUCCAUCAAAACAAAGACUGGCAUGCCGGGCAUGAAGAGGGACUGUGGAGGAGCUGCUGGUAUCCUGGGAGCAUUCCUAGUGGCUAUCAAGAUGGGGUUCAAGGAGAACCUGCACGCUGUGUUCUGUUUAGCUGAGAACUCAGUUGCCUCCAACGCCACUCGCCCCGAUGACAUCCACACCCUCUACUCUGGGAAGACGGUUGAGAUCAACAACACUGAUGCUGAGGGACGACUUGUGCUGGGGGAUGGGGUGGCCUACGCCAGGAAAGUGCUCAAGGCAGACUGGAUACUGGACAUGGCAACUCUCACUGGAGCUCAGGGCAUAUCUACAGGGCAGUAUCAUGCUGGGGUAGUGACCAACCACGAGGCUAGCCAGGUGGCACUGCAGGAGGCGGGGCGUACGAGUGGAGACCUCACCUUCCCUCUACCCUACUCACCAGAGCUACACUUCAGUGAAUUCAGGAGUGUAGUGGCUGAUAUGAAGAACUCAGUUGCUGAUCGGUCCAAUGCACAGAGCUCUUGUGCUGGCCUCUUUAUAGGAGCUCAUCUCGGGUUUGACUAUUCUGGUGUGUGGAUCCACAUUGACAUGGCCUCCCCCGCCUACACAGGAGAGAGGGCUACUGGCUACGGUGUGGCACUACUGACCACUCUCUAUGGUGACCGAACCUUGAACCCACUGCUCAGAGCAGCUGCUCCUAAUGUGAAGAGAUCGUGAACAUUAACAUUGACAUGAACUGACUAAUCAUUGGGUACAUAUUACUAGAGGGCGUCUUUGAAUCGAAUUUGCGAUAUAUGUAUGACCCUUUUCUUUGGUUUGUAAUUAUGACAUUUAUAGUUAACGCUCUUUGCCUA